AUGUUGCUCUCGAUCAUCCUGUUGUUUUCGGCACUAUUUAUAGUGGCCUCCCAAUCAUGCUUCGCAGAUUGUGCGCCUUUUGAUCAACCUGUGGCCGAAAACACACCAUAUGACUAUGUGGUGAUUGGUGGAGGCACUGCCGGGAUGACAAUCGGUUCACGUCUAGCGCAGCAAGGCUUCCAGGUGGCCGUGGUCGAGGCAGGAGGAUACUACGAGGUGGUGCGUCCAAUCACUUCAAUUCCAGGCGCAGCCAGUCUCGGGGCGGGUGCAGACGUCCGGACCGCGACGUCAAUCGACUGGGCAUUUGUGGCGAAUCGCGUUCCAGGUGCCAAUGAUCGUGAUAUCCAUUAUCCCAGAGGGAAGUGUGUUGGUGGAUCGUCAGCUGUUAACUUCAUGAUCUAUCAACGACCAUCCAGGGAUUCAAUGACCAGAUGGGCCGAGCUUGUUGAUGAUCCCAGCUACCUCUUUGAGAACGUGUUCCCCUUCUACAAGAAGACAAUCGCUUUCACACCCCCCGAUGGGUACCGGUUCGGCAAUGCCACAGUGCCCUACAACCGCUCGUCCUACGAUAAGACCGGGCAGCCCGUUGAAGUGUCAUACCCCCGGUAUGCCAUGCCCUUUUCUACCUGGGUAUCUGGAGGCUUGCAAGCGAUUGGGAUCAAUGAGACGCAGGACUUCAACGGCGGCAGGUUGAUGGGCCGCCAGUUUUGUGCCAUGACCAUUCGACAGUCGGAUCAGACCAGAAGCAGCUCAGAGUCGGGGUUUCUACGGGGGUCACUGGGCUAUACCACAUUGUCGGUUUACCAAACCACCUUGACUAAGAAGAUCCUAUUCAACGCACAGAAAAGAGCGGUUGGAGUUGAAGUUGAGCAAAAUGGCCGGUUUACAUUGACUGCAACCAAGGAAGUGAUCGUGUCCGCCGGCGCCUUUCAAUCACCGCAGCUGUUGAUGGUGUCGGGCAUCGGGCCAGCCGCCACUCUCCAAGCCCAUGGCAUCAAUGUCAUCGCGGACCUGCCUGGAGUUGGUCAGAAUAUGUGGGACCAUACCAUGUUCGGGCCUUCUUUUCGGGUGGCCGUGGACACUUUCACCAAGCUCGCUGCCAGUCCAUGGUACUAUAGCUACCAAAUCACAACGUGGACCACACUCAGAACGGGAGUUCUGACCAACCCGUCGACAGACUAUCUUGGUUUCGAGAAGCUGCCCCUAUCGUCUCGAACAGGAUUUUCCGCUGCAAAUGAGCAUGAACUGGCCUGGUUCCCUGCAGAUUGGCCAGAGAUCGAGUACCUGGCAGGAUCUGCAUUUGUUGGAAACUUGUCGGAUCCAUUUGCACAACAACCUCACGAUGGGUACGAGUAUGCCACCAUCAUAGCGAGCAUGGUAUCCCCAACAUCGCGCGGGAAUGUGACCAUUUGCUCCGCCGACACGGCAGAUCUACCAGUGAUCAAUCCCAACUGGCUGGCCACAGACACAGACCAGAAAGUCGCAGUUGCGGCCUACAAACGCAUCCGCGCCGCAUUCCAAAGCAAGGCAAUGGCACCCGUCAUCAUUGGUCUUGAGUACUUCCCUGGGGCCAGCGUCCAAACAGAUGCGGAGAUACUCGAAAGUAUCAGGAAUACAGUCAUGACCAUCUAUCACGCUGCAUGUACCUGCAAAAUGGGACUUGUGAACGACAGUAUGGCUGUUGUCGACAAUCACGCGCGCGUAUUUGGGGUUGAGGGUCUGCGUGUCGUCGAUGCGAGUGCAUUUCCUAUUUUACCGCCCGGCCAUCCUCAAUCCACAGUUUAUAUGCUGGCCGAGAAGAUCGCUGCCGAGAUUGCAGCAUCUUGA